AUGUUAUUAUACAAUACAUCAACAAUAACGUGUACUUAUCCUUUUCACGAUUUCGCGCAGUUCCUAUGUAUGUGAUUCUAACCUCGUAUUAUAAAGUGCAUUUUGGAUGCGUUUUCUCGUUGAGAGCUCGUUCUCGCAGAUGCUACUAUAACAAAAUAUAAGGAAAACAUGAAUGGUAUAAGGCAAGUAGCGUGUACGUUGACCGCCCUGACCAGUGUGGGUUUGGGAGGCUGGUAUCUGGGCAAGUUCUCCGAACACAGGCGACAUUGGAACGAGAAAGACAAUGAAACAAGCGUUUUAUCGAGGAUGCCGAUUCGGAGUAUGCCAGGAUUGCCCUUGUUUGGUACUGUUUCGGCGGCCACUUCUUUGACAUCCGCUGAAAGCAACCGCCAGAUGGGUUCCAAAGUGUCCUCCAUCGCUACAAGAGUAUCGCAGAUUAUGAAAUUUGGUUUUCCCGGAUUGGAUCAUGUCAGGUCGUACGAGGAUUUCGUAUUGUCGUAUGACAGGAGAAAUAAAGUUGCUCACUGGGUGUUUGAGCACUUGACUAAAGACAGACUACAGUGUAAAAAUGAAGUGAAUCGUUCAAAAUGCGAGUUCAAGCCUGAUCAGAGUAUACAUCCUUUCUUCAGAUCAGAGAAUAUAGAUUACAAGGGAAGUGGCUAUGACCGUGGUCACUUGGCUGCAGCUGGAAAUCAUAGAGUGGAACAAAAUCACAUGGAGCAAACCUUUCUUCUCUCCAAUAUGGCACCGCAAAUCGGUGUGGGCUUCAACAGAGAUUCCUGGAACAGAUUGGAGAAACAUGUUCGAAAAUUGACAAAUGUCUAUAAAGAUGUUUAUGUGUGCACAGGACCAUUGUAUCUUCCCAAAAAAGGAUCAGAUGGAAAAAAAUAUGUACAUUACGAAGUGAUAGGCGCGAAUCAUGUUGCGGUACCUACUCAUUUCUAUAAGGUGAUUGUUGGAGAGACAAAUGACUGCAAAUUGGAUAUGGAAGCUUUCGUGAUGCCAAACGCGCCAAUCGAUGAUAACACGCCACUCACUAAUUUCCAGGUACCACCAGAGAGAAUCGAACGCGCUGCCGGACUCUUAUUCUUUGACAAAAUAUCACGCGAUAAACUAAGCAAGGUGAACGGCAAAAGGAUAGUCUAGCUUUAACAACUGCUCUUAAACAAUAAAAAAAUCUCAAUUUUGAAUUACUUACAAUUUUAAAGAUUCUUAAUUUCUGACAUGUCAUCAAGCAUUAUAUAUAUAUAUAUGUCUAAUCAAUUAAAAAUUCUAUAAAACUAUUAUUGUAUAUGAUUUUUAGAAAUUUUAUCAAUUACGACAUUUUUUGUAUUAUUUUAGCUAUAUUUUAUCGAAAUAAUAAAUAUAGAUUUGUUUGUUAAAUUAUGUAUGCAUUUAUUGAUUUUGUACAUUUAAUUAUCCGCUCGGAAUCGCCUUAUAUCUUAUGUAACAUGCUGUAUAUAGGGAAUACUCUUAUAUUUCGAUUUGUCGUGAUCACAUUGAAUAAAAUGCUCAUGUUUAAAU